AUGGGAUUGGAGUUAUCCGUGGACGUAGAGGUGGCCGUGGUUGAGUUCUACGGCGGCGCUGCCACUGGAACUCUCACACGCUACUCAACCAUUGUUGAUGAAGUGGGGAGUGAAGGGACUAACGAAGUGUACGUAACAGAUAAACAUCAAAAAUACAUAUUAAAACAACAAGAUCGGUUUGGCUUCCUACAUGCCAGCAGUGAGAUCCAAACAGGAUGCCUUCUAGGCGACUGUGGCACCGCCGUCAGCGGUGCAGUAGAUUUUAUCAGACCAAUUUCCGGUACAGGACAGGAUAAAUGGACAAGGCCACGACGGAUAGAUGAGGCCGAUGUUCUGAGUGGACGGCUGUUCAAAAAGUUUGGGGACAGUGGAAGGAGACGGCUGAAACCAAACGCCACGUCAAUCUACCAGCUCGACGCCGGUGGCCAUAAGGACGAGCGGAGGCCGAAGCACAUCCAUGACCGUUGGCCAAUUGCUUGUCCGGAAGCAGAGGAUGAGGAAGUCAGUGCCCGCACUGAAGGAAGAUUAGUGAAAAGUUUGUCGCGGAGCAUUGCCCAUUUCUGCCAUCGUGUAUUGGUGGAGUCGGUGCCGCAUCUGGAGGCCGAGGCUUGCACAAAGCAGGAUGAGUGUGAACUGACCACCUUGACUAAAGAUGGAGCAGAAGCCCACGGGAACGAAGGAAUAACUCCGAUUCGCCGACACUUCUAA